ACUCUCUCUAUAUAAUCUCUCUCUCACGCACUUGAUAUUUCACGAUUUCUAGGCGCUCCCUCUCUCAGCUUUGCAAUUCAGUGAUCAUCAAUCCCGUUCUUCCUCCCCGCUCAAAGGUUCUGUUAUUUUGUUUUCGUUUUGAAAGUGUUUUCAGUCUUCCUUUCUCACGUAUUCUAAGCAACCAAACGCCCCCCAAAAAUAAACAAUAACAACAACCAACCAACCAAACAUGUCAUCUGACCAGUACUCCUAUCUCUUCCUUUCUCUAGCUGGUUCCUCACCAGCCCUCAGCAUCGAGCUUUUUCUAUGUGUCAUUCUCUUUGUCGCUGUUUUUGCUUUCUGGCUCUCACCCGGCGGUCUUUCUUGGGCCUUGUCUAAAACUCGUGUCGGUGUCCAAAAUCAAACAGCCAUUCCUGGCCCUUCUGGUCUCCCUUUUCUUGGAAUGGUUUUCUCUUUCACAGGGUCCUUGACACAUAGAGUUCUCAGUAAGCUUGCUGAGGCUUUCAAGGCCAAGCCAUUGAUGGCAUUUUCUGUAGGGUUCACUCGGUUCAUUAUCUCAAGCCAUCCAGACACGGCUAAAGAGAUUUUGAACAGCUCGGCUUUUGCUGACAGGCCCGUUAAGGAGUCCGCUUAUGAACUUCUCUUUCACAGGGCAAUGGGUUUCGCUCCCUUCGGCGAGUACUGGAGGAAUCUGAGGAGAAUCUCAGCGACCCAUUUGUUCAGUCCAAAGAGAAUCGCUUAUUUCGGGGAGUUUCGCACAAGGAUCGGGCUCAAAAUGGUGAAUGAGAUAAGGGCUUCGAUGGACAGGAAUGGUGAAGUUGAGAUGAGGAAAGUUUUGCAUUUUGGGUCCUUGAAUAACGUCAUGAUGAGUGUGUUUGGAAGGAGUUAUGAGUUUGGUGAGGGGUGUGGGAAUGAUGGGUGUGAGCUCAGGGGUUUGGUCAGGGAAGGGUAUGAGUUACUAGGGAUUUUUAAUUGGAGUGACCAUUUUCCUCUAUUGGGUUGGUUGGAUUUGCAAGGGGUGAGGAAAAGGUGCAGGAAUUUAGUGGCAAAGGUGAAUGUUUUUGUUGGGAGGAUUAUAGAGGAGCACAGGACGAGGGUUGAGAGGAAGGGAAUAAUUUCUGGGGAUCAUGACGAGAGCUCUACUGAUUUUGUUGAUGUGCUGCUUGCUCUGGAGAAAGAGAAUAGGCUCAGUGACUCGGACAUGAUUGCUGUUUUAUGGGAAAUGAUCUUCAGAGGGACUGACACAGUGGCAAUCCUCCUAGAGUGGAUUCUUGCGAGAAUGGUAUUACACCCAGAUAUCCAAGCCAAAGCCCAAACCGAGAUCGACAACAUGGUUGGCAUGAGAUCAGUAUCAGAUUCAGACCUCCCCAACCUCCCAUACCUCCAUGGAAUCGUAAAAGAAACCUUGAGAAUGCACCCACCAGGUCCCCUCCUCUCCUGGGCAAGGCUUGCCAUCCACGACACCAACGUAGGCCAGCACUUCAUCCCUGCCGGCACGGUUGCCAUGGUUAACAUGUGGGCGAUCACUCAUGACGAGAAUGUCUGGUCCGAGCCCAGCAAGUUCAAGCCAGAGCGUUUCAUGGAGGAAGAUGUAGCCAUUCUGGGGUCAGAUCUUAGGUUGGCUCCAUUUGGGUCUGGAAGAAGGGUCUGUCCUGGAAAGGCCAUGGGAAUGGCCACUGUUGAGCUCUGGCUUGCGCAAUUACUCCAGAAUUUCAAAUGGGUGCCUUCUGAACAUUCAUCACGUGGUGUUGUUUUGUCGGAAUGUCUAAAGCUUUCAUUGGAGAUGAAGCACUCCUUGGUCUGCGGGGCAAUCCCUAGGGCGCCUAGGGUUGCUUGAAAUUAUAUAAUGAUGGUGGGCUAGCUUAAUUUGUUGUUAAUUACAUGAGCGUGAUGUCAUAAUUCCCAUGAUUUCCGGCCAACAUAUGAUCUAUCUAGGCCGCCGGAAAUUAAGGAUAAAUAAGUUUGUUUACUUUUCAUGAUGUUCUGAUCUUUGCUUCGUAUUAAUUAAUUAGGUUUUUGUUAUAGGGUAGGGUUUGAUCUGGGUUUUGGUUAUGUUCAAAAAAAGAAAAAAAAAAUGUAUUUGCAUGAAUUAAGGGUUUGAUUCUAAACGAUCAGGAUAUCAUGUAGUUAGGCAUGGAACUUUCAUGCCCUACGGCUUGUACACAUUUUGUAAUGAAUCAAUAUUAUUGCCUUAAAUAUUA